AAGAAUUAAACUGUUGUUGGGAAGAUAGAUUUUGUGUGUAUGUGAGUUUGUGUGGCUACAAUAGCUAGCUCUACAGUAGCUUGGCUAGUUAUGUGAGAAGUCAUCUAAAUAAAUUGGUGAUGUACCGUAGCAGGCUGUACUUUUGUCGUUUAGGUAUGCUUAACUAAGAACAUACUUGACCAUUGAUGGGUCCAGAGAGCAUACCGAGCAACUAGUCAGCUACAUCCUCUCUAACCCGCCCAUGAAAAAACAAAACUAAAAACAUGUCUUAUCGGCGCGAUGGCAGCAUGCAAGAUGCCUAUGAGGAUUUUCCACGCAGAGAGGUAAUCUACAAGAGAGUUGUCAGUGUUGUCGAGAACAGGGCUCUCUUGAGACCAGAACAGGACUAUGUCCAGGAAUACGACUAUGAUGACCAGCGGUACAGUGGUUCUCGAAGCUACCAUGACCAGGAUGGGAGAGCACAUCGAGGCAAAAACACACAUGGAGUGGAUGACCGAGGAGGGUACUAUGGUGAAACUACUCGUUUUAGUAGUGGCAGCAGAAAGUCUUCACCACCACGCAAGGAUUCGUAUCCUUACUACAGAGGAUCCAGAGAUAAUACUCCCACUGGCCGUCAGGUCAAGCUGAGGAGCCUUUUUGAAGUUGGCCUUGGGAGCUCAACCCUACACAGAGUAGCAACACCCAGAGGCUCUGCCCAGCACUGCCUAGACAGCCGUCUAGCAGUAGCUUCUACAGAGUGCCAACAGUUCACAGGCCAAAGCCCCCCUCAGUGGAGUCACACCAGCGGUGAGAGAGCUGGAUCCCUCCCCAGCAGCAGAGGGCGUGGGCCGGGCCCUCCCAGGUCCUUGUCUGCAGGCAAGGCUGACAGAAGAGGAGAGAAGCCAAUGCAUGAGCUCACCUACACGGGAGAGGACCAUGAGGACUUCCGGCGGAGGGAGCCCUACCCAGGAUGGGAACGUUCUCGUUCUGCCCUCAGUAGGGAUGCCCAGGCCUGCUCCUACCAGCAGAGCCAGCAGAGGAACAGGGUUCCUAAUCCCAAUAGUUCUCUGGAUGCUGUGCGACUCAAGGCGGAGCCCCCUGCAUUGGUUUCAAAGGCGGAACCGGGUGCGAGGGUCAGCGUGGAGUCAGAGAACGCUCCAGAAGAGGACUUUGCGACUCGGCGGUCGAGGGAAAUCACCAACAAAGCUCUGGAAAUUGAGAAGCUGUACAGGCAGGACUGCGUAACGUUCGGCACGGUGGUGAACAUGCUGGUGACCAAGGAGCCUCGUCUGGACCAGCUGCUGCAGGCUCCUCUGCAUCAGAGCCUGAUGGAGAUCAAGGAGCGCUGCUUGGAAGACCUCCGACACUUCAUCGAGGACCUGGACCAGGUGGCCUCGAAGCUUGGAACGCCCUCCAAGUGAGAGUGAAAGCCACCUUGCCCUGAUACAAAGUUCUAAUGUGAAGACACUAGUUGACUUAUAUAGUUAGUUAUGAUCAUUAGUAUUCAAAGUAUUAGUAUAGGGAGGAGGAGAGUGUUUGUACUGUGAUGGUAUCACAAUGCAGUUCCAAUGUUAUUGGAACUGCAACUGUUUAUUUGUAUUAUUUUUAUGAUUGUUGAACAUGUUCCUUGGUCCUACUUUUUAAAAAGUGAGUUAUGCAAAUUUUGUGGCCUUCACAAUACAAAAGUACGGGAUUGUUUUUACUGAGGGGCACUGUGCCGUCAUAUACCUUAAACAGUAAUCAGACUACACAAUGAUGCCAAGUACCCUACUACCUUUUCUCUGGGUCUUGAUGGCCAUUACAGUCCAGUCCAAUUGUAUCCUGGACCUGAAUCAUACUGAUUCCGUUGAAAAUUGUGUUAUUGAGAGUUUUGUGGAGAUCAACUAAACUUCUAUAUUUAUGGGGCAGUGUAGAUGGUGCUUUCUUCAAACUGCUCUCCAGCAACCUCAUCAAGCCACACUGAAGUGCACAUUCAUUAACAUUUAUUUUCCUAUUAUGACAGUCUUGUGGCCACAUCUUUUAUUGAACAGAUUAAGUUUUACAUUGUAAACCAUGUUACGCACUUUUUGUACUGUUGCGUACGUACAAAUAUCAUGUUACACUACAGUCAUGUUUUACCAGUCGUUUUUGUGUUCAGAAUAAUAAAUGUAUUG